UAUGCUGAGUUGUUGAUCUUCUGCUGACAGAAAAAUACAGCUGCUGAAGUUUCCCUGACUCCUCCUGCUUCCUGAUAUUACCGCAGACUCAUUGCAAGGUUUCUUCGCCCAGUAAAUAUCCUUCCCUGACCCACAGGAUGCUCCAGUAGCUGCUGAAUUAUAAAGACCGCUCCUGUUUCGUUCCUGUUUUCAAGUUUUUCAGUGUCAUCAAUGGCUCCUUUCAAAUACAAGGGGAUCAUUUUUGCUCCACAGUUUUACUCAGUGGAAACACUCAGCUAUUUGGAAAAUGACUUUCAACUGUUGGAUGAUGAUAUAGUGAACGUCACUUACCCCAAGUCAGGUACGCAUUGGAUGUCGGAGAUCUUGAGCUUAAUCCGGAGCCACGGGGACCCUUCAUGGGUUCAGAACGUACCACUGACGGAAAGGGCACCCUGCAUUGAGUUUGCCGAUCAUUUGCAGAUUGCCUUGAAAAAUCCUUCCCCUAGGAUCCUGACUACUCACCUGCCAUUCCAGCUUUUCCCCAGGUCCUUCCUAAACUCCAAGGCCAAGGUAGUCUAUACUCUGCGUAACCCUAGAGAUGCGAUGUGUUCAAACUACCACUUCAUCAAAGGCUUUAAAGAAUUGAAGGACCCUGGAACUGUGGAAGAGUUCAUGGAGAGUUUCCUGAGUGGGGAAGUGGGUUACGGUUCCUGGUUUGACCAUGUGAAAGGCUGGGUGGAGAUGAAGGAAAGAGCCAACAUCUUUUUCAACACCUAUGAAGAACUACAGCAGGACCUUCGAGGCAGCGUGCAGAAGAUCUGUCAUUUUCUUGGCAAGGAGCUGAACAGCCAACAAAUUAAGUCUGUGGUGGAAAACGCCUCUUUCCACAAGAUGAAGGACAACAAGAUGUCCAACUUUUCCUUAACACCAGAGAACAUUUUUGACCAUACAAAAGCAACGCUCUUGAGGAAAGGGAUCUCUGGAGACUGGAAGAACUUCCUGACAGUGGCACAGAGUGAACGCUUUGACCGUGUUUACUGGGAGAACAUGCGCGGUGUGAAUAUGACCUUCCCUUGGGAAUGAAGAAUCCCAGAUUGUUGCUCUUGUUGUUCUCCACAUUCUUACAUAUCAUAUGGUUUGGUUAUUUUCUGCUAAAUAAACAGAUAACCGAUCAGGAAUGGUAC